AGAAGAAUAGAGGAGCAGCCAGUAUGAAGUGCCGCACGAGUAUGAACUUUAUGGAUUGUCUAAAGUUAUAAUGACUGAGAAUCAGUCACCCUUCCUCUAGUAUGUUACCGCCUAUAGACAGGACUUUACUUAAGUUUAGACAUGGAGCUGUUUUUUUUUUCUUUUUGUUUAUUUUGCCUCUUUCCUGGGAAAUGUUUGGACUAUAACACGGAGCUGGACAGUUCCGGAAGUUCUGUUUAUCUUCCGCUUUCUGUUCAUCUUUCAUCAGCAGGCUCACACACUCUGCAGUACCAGUACACUGCUGUCAGAGGAAUAAAUCUCCCAGAAUUCACUGCUGCUGGUCUGGUGGAUGAAGAGCAGUUUGUAUUCUAUGACACCAACAAAAAGGAGAUGAUCCCAAAGACAGAGUGGAUACAGAAGAUGAGAGGAGAUGAUCCACGUUACUGGAACAGAGAGGCAGAGCGUAUGGUGGAUCAACAGGACCGUUUCCAUGUCUUGAUGAAGCCAGACACGCAUAUCUUUAAUCACACUGAAGGAGUUCAUACACUCCAGAGGAUGUAUAGCUGUGAGCUUGAUGAUGACGGCACCCCUAGAGGAUAUGAUCUGUACGGUUAUGAUGGAGAAGAUUUCAUGAGUCUGGAUCUGAAAACUGGAACCUGGACUGAAGCGAAUCCUCAAGCUAGAAAACUUCUAAAGAAGUGGGAUCGUAAAGAUGAAGCUAAAUACUGGAAGAGCUACCUGGAGAAUGAAUGUAUCGAGUGGUUAAAGAAGUUUGUGUCUUACGGCAGAGAGACUCUGGAGAGGAAAGUUCGUCCCGAGGUGUCACUGUUCCACAAACACUCGCCUUCUCCAGAGGUGGUAUGUCACGCUACAGGUUUCUUCCCCAAAGCCCUGAAUAUCACCUGGCAGAAGGACGGAGAGGACAUGAUUGAGGACGUUGAGCUCAAUGAGACGUUACCCAACCAGGAUGGAAGCUUCCAGAAGAGGAGCAUUCUGAAAGUCCCAGCUGAGGAGCUGCAGAAACACAAAUACACCUGCGUGGUUCAGCACAGCAGCUGGGAGAAGGAUUUAAUCCUAGAAGUAGCAAAAGGUGGAGGAUCAGAUGGAGAAUCAGGUGGAGGAUCGACUGGUAUCAUCAUUGGUGUCCUUGUGGCUCUUGUUGCUGUUGUCGCUGUUGUCGCUGCUGUUGUCCUCUGGAAGAAGAGGAACUCUGGAUUCAAACCUGUUCCCCCCAGACCCUCCUCUGAAGGAAAUUCUUCCUCCAACAACUCUUCAGCUGUGGUUGUGUGUCUUCCUGCUGGAGUGAGAGAGUAAGACCUGAUGAUGUUUACAGUGUAAUAUGGAAUAAAAAUGGGUGUAUGGAGUGAAAAUCCAGCAGAAAAGCCUGAGCUCACAUUAAAUCUCAGAUCAGAGCUGAUAUUUGUCUCCAUUGUCAAGUGCAGUUUAAUGUCCAGCUAUAAGAUUGUGCGGAAAUAUUUCUCUCCCUGUUGCUCUCCUCUUUCACAGGUGAGGAGGUGCAGUCAUGCUUCUUCUGCUUCUUAUCGCAUUUAGCAGAGUGUGUAAUGCCUUACUGCCACAAACUGGAAUGCAGUGUGUAACACUGGGAUCGGGUCUUUAUAUCUGUAUUUUAACAAGAAAUGAAAAAUUCUACAAAAACAAAUAAGUCCUGUAAUAAUGCCCUGUCGCGCUUAGAAACUUUAUAUAUCCUGUACAUAUUCUUCCUUUUUAUUGUGGAAUCCUUUGUAAAUAUUACUCUACUGUAAAUAUUACUCUACUGUAAAUAUUACUCUACUAUCCUGUCCUCUGUAAAAAGGAUUGAAAUUCUCACAGUUGGUGCUGAACACUUUACCUCCAUCACUCAUGUAAUAAAUUUUACUUUGUCAGUCCAUGAAUAAAUCUUUAUUUACUCUG